AUCCUGAACUUACCAACUUCUAUCUUUACCAGGUUCUAGCAUCUUCUACAGAAAAAUAAGCCUGUCUUAUAAAUACACUAGGCUUAACCAUCCCUCUCAUUCUCUCUGAUAAAAUCUAGACACCCAAAAGAAGCUGAAUUUAGAAAAUGGCGGAAGAAGUGGCGCUUGAUUUAGAGGAGCUUAGGCAACUCCAAAGCAUCGCAAAGAGGCCACGUAUUCUAUCUCUUCUUUCCUCCGAAAUUCGCAACUUGGAAAAGUUGCAGACAUCAAACGAGAUUGCAAAUGCACCUGCUCCUGCUACGGCUUCACAAAUUCCAACUCCCAUAUCAACUUCAGUUAAGGUUCCUGUUAACCCAGCAUUGAGUUAUGUUACGCUCGCCUCGUUCAGCUGGGACCAGGAUAAUGAUAAAGUCAAGAUAUAUAUCUCUCUAGAGGGAGUUAACCAGGAAAAAAUUCAGACAGAGUUCAAGCCAAUGUCAUUUGAUGUUAAAUUUCAUGGCGUCCAAGGAAAGAACUAUCGAUGUGCCAUUCCGAAGUUGAAUAAAGACAUUGUACCAGAGAAGUGCAAGGUGUUGGUCAAGCCUACGAGAGUCGUCAUCACAUUGUUCAAAGCUUCCAAAGGGAGCUGGUCUGAUCUGCACUACAAGGAGGACAAGCUGAAGCCAAAUUUGGAUAAAGAGCGAGACCCCAUGGCUGGAAUCAUGGACUUAAUGAAGAAUAUGUACGAGGAUGGUGAUGAUGACAUGAAGAGAACAAUUGCCAAAGCAUGGACUGAUGCAAGGUCUGGCAAAACAGCGGACCCUCUGCAAGGUUAUCGGUGAAUCCAAACCAAAGGAGAUUGACCAGAAAUGAUUUUUCUUAUGCGGAUGUUUUUUUGCUGCAUUGGCCUACUUUUGUGUUUUGUGGAGUUAGUCAUCUCGUGUUUAAGUUUGUCUGGACAUUUUGUUCUUGCUUAUAAAGUAUCAUUGCAAAUAGAUUGCUGCUCU